GUUCCUGACGUGCGUGGUCGAAAUUGUAAUAUUUUCAUCGACGGCAACGAAUUACCGGAGAAAUGAGAGCCGCGGCAGUUUGGAUGUCUUUGAUUUGUCUUCUAACGCUGCGAUUCGUUUUCGUCCACGGAGGUACCAUAUCCUCGGAUCCCGACGACUUCAGGAGAAUGACAUCCGUACAUAGAAAGAAGUGUAUCGUCGAAAGUAAGACGACGCUUGAGGCCAUCGAAGCUACGGAAUACGGAGAAUUUCCUGACGAUGAGAAUCUGAAAUGUUACUUUAAAUGCGUUCUGGAAAAGUUCAACAUGAUGGACAAGAAUGGUAAAAUAAGAUACAACAUACUGAAACAAGUAAUUCCAAAUGUUUACAAAGAAAUAGGUCAUGAAAUGAUCGAUAGUUGCAAGGACGUCGGUAAGUAUUCCAUCGAUUGUAUCGACCGCGAGUUUAUCUGUUAUAAAUCUACUAUUUUGAUAAUUAUUUCUUUAGACGCAGAAGAUAAAUGCGAAAAAACUUUCAUGUUCAUGAAAUGCAUGUACAACGUCAAUCCUAUAGCGUUUAUUGCUCCGUGAUCAACCAUAGAAGUACCAUGUUAUCAUUUGGACAAUCGUUAUUGUACCGAAACGUAACAAAGUAAAAUUAUGUUUAUUAUAUCAGCAUAAUAAAAAUAUAAUUAUCUAUGAGA